AAUACGAGUAUCUUUUAAAAAAAAAACUAACGGAUUUAUAGUAGCAAGUCGCUCACAAACCAACUAAAAAUAAAAAUAUGUCAAUGUUAGAUAUGACAUAUACAUUCUCAUUGGAUCAAAAACGGAAGAUUCAAUGUUUAAGAGAAAAAAUCGAAAACAGCAAUGAUUUGAGCGUCGGAAAUGAGGAUAUUUUCAUGUCAAAAUUUUUAUUCUAUGGCAAUUGGGAUGUUGAAAAGGCGUAUGCAAGUGUAAAACGUUAUUAUGAUUUUAAGGCUGCCCAUCCCAAAUGGUUGGCUCAUCACACAGUGGCAUAUUUUCGUGAAGAAUUUUUGGAUAUUAAAGCAAAAUUUCUUAUGCCCUUGCCUGAUAAAAUGGGUAGACCUAUUGUCAUUUUUAAAUCGGUUGACUGCUUUAGCAAAUAUCCUAACUACAUGCAGGAUCUCAUUGAAAUGGAUGAUUUAGUUUUUGAAUCAUUACUGUUGAUACCUCAAGUGCAGGAACAUGGAAUAACAAUUAUUUUCGAUAUAAAUGGAAUUACCCGGAAUUUUUUACCCAUGUUAUCACCACGUUUGGGCCGUUUAAUAAAUGAGAAAAAUAAAAUUCUACCCUUUUCUCAAAGAUACAUUCAUAUCAUUCAAAGUGGGUUUCUAAAGAAUGCCGCCUCAUCAAUGAUAAUGCCAUUUUUAAGUCGAGAUUUCAAAGAGCACAUUUUUACACAUGAUGGAAAAAAUUUUAAUAAACUGCGAAAUAUGGUUGGUUAUGAAUAUCUACCAGCUGAAUAUGGUGGACCAAGCACGAAUCAUUUAACUGUGGAUAUAUUAUUAAAUCAUUUAUUAAAGCAUUCAGAGUAUUUGUUGAAAUUACAAACCUACAAGAAAAAUUGAGCAAAUGUAUUUGUUUUGUAAUUAAAUAAAUUUAUUAUGCUUUUCAUAACAUGCUUAUUCUAAUUGUAAAUAAAUAUUGGAAAUAAAUUUCUUUUAUAAAUUCUGCCUCAAGCUUAAUAAAUUAUAACU